AUGAAGCUGUUCUCGCAGCACAAGGACCCAAAGCGCAGCUGGCCAAAACACUUCCUGUACUUCGUGGCGGUCAAUGACGCUCGAGGCGGCGCCGACACACUCGUGCUUGACAACAUUGUCAACCACGCAUUGUCCAAGCUCGCGCUUGUACUUAAGAAAAAGUACGAUGUAAAUAGAGUUGAUUGUCUGCGCCAUGCGGAGGGGCUGGCGCACUUUGCAUAG